AUGGUCAAAGCUGUCUGGGCGACACUGAUUACACCCCGCGAUCCUGCGUACCUUGCCGGUCUCGCGGUGCUUGCGGAGACACUCAAGUCCGUGGGGUCGAAAUACCCCUUGGCGGCCAUGGCCACGCCGGAUGUGGCCCCAGAGUGGCGCGCAUACCUCAAGGGACGUGGGAUCGUCAUCAUCGACAUAGAAUACAUGAAACCGGCCGAAGGGGUCGACUCACCUUUCAAAUUCGACCCCCGGUUCGCAGAUACGUGGACAAAGCUGAGGGUGUACGAUUUGCGCGAUUACGAGCGUGUUGUCCUCCUGGAUUCUGACAUGAUCGUGAUGAGGAACAUGGAUGAACUAAUGGAGAUUGAGUUACCCAAGGAUUGGGUGGCGGCAGCCCAUGCCUGCGCGUGCAAUCCGCGCAAGUUCGCUCAUUAUCCCAAGGACUGGAUCCCUGAGAACUGUGGACAUACAGCCGUCGAAAGUCCUACCAGCCCUCCGCCCGAAAUAAAGCCGGACUCCCCUCGACCAUACGGACUCCUGAACUCCGGUCUCGUUGUGAUUACUCCCUCCUCAGAGCUAUUCGAAGGGCUCUCCAACUUCUUAGCCACCUCCCCCGAUAUCUCGACGUACAACUUUGCCGAUCAAGACCUCAUGGCCGCAUACUUCAAAGGGAAAUGGAAGCCAUUGAAUUGGUACUACAACGCGCUGAAGACCUUGAAGAUCGUUCACAAGAAGUUGUGGAGUGACGACGAAGUUCGAUGCUUGCACUAUAUCUUGCCAGAGAAGCCCUGGCAUGGGAGGGUAGGCGCGCCAGGAACGGGUGGGGACUAUGAGGAGGUCAACAGGUGGUGGUGGGACCGGUUCGCGAAAGUGGAGGAUCAGCUGAAGAGUUCUGGUGACGAAGCUGGACUGAGAUUGCUUCAGUCCGUGGUCCCUCCACCGCUUUAA